AUGCAGUGGAUCAUGGCUGCUGGAGAAGCUGAGGCACAGCUGGCACUGAUGAAUGGUGCUGGUAUCAUUGACGCUGUCAUGACAGAUGACAGUGACACAUUUAUUUUUGGUGCUCAGACUGUCCUGCGCAACUCAACAUUUUCAAUAGAUUCGACUGUCAAAUUGUAUACAACGAGUGCCAUUUAA